GCGCGCCCCCGCUCGCGGCCCGGCUCGGCGUCGGGAGCGCGCUCUGUGUGGCCGCUGCCGCCAUGUUGUUGUGGUUGUGAGAAGGCGGCGGCGGCGGCGGAGCAGCCGGACGAGACGCGCCAGCGGCCGAGCCCUGGCCCCCCGCCGGCCCUGGCUGGAAGCCUGGUGGGGUGGCGGAGGAGGCCGUGCCGUGGCGGACUUCGCCAUGUCCUGCCGCUCGGGGAACUCCUGCCUUGGACGUCUGUCUACAGGCUUCUAGCACAGACCUUCAGCCUUCCAGCAUAGAUCCUUUGGCUUCCUGAUAGUGACUCACAUGGCACUCUACAGUGAGCUCCAGGCUUUUGAUCUUUGACUGGCUCCUUGGGAUCUUCAAUGUACAGACAGCCCUUUUGUACUCUUCUACAUCUGACACUACAGGUGGCUGUUAUUUCCUUGUGAAGCCUUGUACAGUAGUAGAAAAAUUCUCAGGACAAACUUUAUUUGGGAUGCUAUAUGACUGAGCUACUUUCCACCUCAUCUUGUAAAUUUUGAGACAGAGUCAUGCUGUGUUGCCCAGACUGACCUGGAACUUGCUACCCCUUCAGCCUCACUUCCUGCAUAGCUUGGAUUAUAGAUCUGAGCAUAAGAGAAAGAAGAGUCUUGUCAGACACUGAAGAAGGGACGGGGAUCUCUCCUCCUAAUCUGGGCCUCCUGUCAUGGAUGAAGAGACUCGGCACAGUCUUGAGUGCAUCCAGGCCAAUCAAAUCUUUCCCAGGAAGCAGCUGAUUAGGGAGGAUGAGAAUCUUCAGGUUCCUUUCCUUGAGCUUCAUGGAGAGAGCACAGAGUAUGUGGGCCGUGCUGAGGAUGCCAUUAUUGCCCUUUCUAAUUAUAGACUUCACAUCAAAUUCAAAGAGUCUCUUGUUAAUACUGCUUCUCACUCUACUGCUGAAAUCCCAGUUCCAUUGCAGCUUAUAGAAAGUGUUGAAUGUCGAGAUAUAUUUCAGCUUCAUUUAACUUGCAAAGACUGCAAAGUUAUCAGGUGUCAGUUCUCAACAUUUGAGCAGUGUCAAGAUUGGCUCAAGAGGCUGAAUAAUGCAAUUCGACCACCUGCUAAAAUAGAAGAUCUCUUUUCAUUUGCAUACCACGCUUGGUGCAUGGAGGUCUACGCCAGUGAAAAAGAACAACAUGGAGACCUGUGCAGACCAGGAGAGCAUGUAACGUCAAGGUUUAAGAAUGAAGUGGAGCGGAUGGGUUUUGAUAUGAACAAUGCCUGGAGGAUUUCCAACAUCAAUGAGAAAUACAAGUUAUGUGGUAGCUAUCCACAAGAGCUCAUAGUGCCUGCAUGGAUCACUGACAAAGAACUAGAAAGUGUAGCAAGCUUCAGGUCAUGGAAGCGCAUCCCUGCUGUUGUCUACAGACACCAGAACAAUGGAGCUGUUAUUGCCCGCUGUGGACAGCCAGAGGUCAGCUGGUGGGGCUGGCGAAAUGCAGAUGAUGAGCACUUGGUACAGUCAGUAGCCAAAGCAUGUGCUUCUGACUCCCGAUCGAGUGGCAGCAAGUUAUCAACUAGGAACAGUUCUCGAGAUUUUCCCAGUCGAGGAGACCUGUCUGAUGUGGAGUUUGAUUCUUCUCUGUCUAAUGCUUCAGGAGCAGAGGGUUUAUCUGUCCAACCACAGAAGCUUUUGAUCUUGGAUGCACGAUCCUAUGCGGCAGCUGUAGCAAACCGAGCCAAAGGAGGAGGCUGUGAAUGCCCAGAGUAUUACCCGAACUGUGAAGUUGUGUUUAUGGGGAUGGCAAACAUUCAUUCUAUUCGGAGGAGUUUUCAAUCUCUGCGGUUGCUGUGUACACAAAUGCCGGAUCCGGGAAAUUGGCUUUCCGCUCUUGAGAGUACGAAAUGGCUCCAUCAUCUGUCCGUGCUUCUGAAAUCAGCACUUCUGGUGGUGCACGCUGUGAACCGUGAUCAGCGCCCAGUCUUGGUGCAUUGCUCUGAUGGCUGGGACCGCACCCCACAGAUUGUGGCGUUGGCUAAGCUCUUGCUGGACCCUUACUACCGAACCAUAGAGGGUUUCCAGGUCCUUGUGGAGAUGGAGUGGCUGGAUUUUGGUCAUAAGUUUGCUGACCGGUGUGGUCAUGGGGAGAACUCGGACGAUCUAAAUGAGCGUUGCCCAGUGUUUCUGCAGUGGCUUGACUGCGUUCAUCAGCUUCAGAGGCAAUUUCCUUGCUCUUUUGAGUUCAAUGAAGCAUUCCUUGUGAAACUGGUGCAGCAUACCUAUUCCUGCCUCUUUGGAACAUUCCUGUGCAACAACGCCAAGGAGAGAGGAGAAAAGCAUACUCAGGAACGGACCUGUUCUGUUUGGUCACUCCUUCGGGCAGGCAACAAGGCUUUCAAAAACUUACUGUAUUCCUCUCAGUCAGAAGCCGUGCUGUACCCAGUGUGCCAUGUGCGUAAUCUGAUGCUGUGGAGUGCAGUGUACCUGCCCUGUCCAUCCCCAUCUACUCCCGUGGACGACAGUUGUGCACCAUAUCCAGCCCCAGGCACUAGCCCUGAUGAUCCUCCCCUGAGCCGGCUACCAAAGACUAGGUCAUUUGACAAUCUGACUACAGCCUGCGACAGCACAGUGCCUCUAGCCAGCCGGCGCAGCAGCGACCCCAGCCUGAACGAGAAGUGGCAGGAGCACCGGCGUUCACUGGAGCUGAGCAGCCUAGCCGGACCUGGGGAGGAGCUUCCUGCUGCUGCUGACAGCCUGGGGAAGCCUGGCAGGGUUCCAGGGGGUGCCGAGCUGUCUGUGGCAGCUGGAGUGGCAGAAGGGCAGAUGGAGAAUAUUUUGCAAGAGGCCACCAAAGAGGAGUGUGGAGUGGAGGAGCCUGCCCAUAGAGGGAGUAUCAAGAUGCCAGAGGUCAAAGAGGAGGUACCUUUAGUGAAGGAGAGCAGGAUGACAGUGGCUGAGGGCUCAACCAUUGUAUUUUACCAAGAACCAGAGCCGGAUGAUGCUAUUUUGAGGAGCCACCCAGAUACCACCCUGUCUUUAUUCUCACAAGAUGUUCCUGAGAAGCAGGAUGGGCACAGUGUUCUCAGUUCACUGCGGGCUUCCCCCAAGGAAGAGGAUAUCCAGGAGGUCUCUGUGGAGCAGCCUCAAAUAGGGGCUAUCACAGAGGAUAGAGAGGGGACAAUUCCUCACAUCCCGGUAGAUGUUACAGUUGGCUAUGGUACCUCAUUGUCUAGUUCUCUACUACCUUCCCAAGUCCCCUUUGAGACCAGAGGACCAAACAUGGACAAUCCCAUGAACAUGUUAAUAGAAGAUAAGGUGAAGUCAGAAAGUGAAUCUCGAGUCCAUCAUAGACCUUGCCCUGUAAUCAGUGGCAGGUUCAGUGGCAAGGACAUGCUUCCCCCAGUGCUAGAGCCUAGGCCUGUGGAGAGGAGCGUAACUGAGAGGCCCCAGGGAGUGCCUGUGGUACAGAGGACUUCCCCCGGCAGCGCUGUCAGCCCAACACCAGCCCCUUGUGCCUUGGCUUUAGCUGAAUGUAAAGAGGGGCUUGUGUGCAACGGUGCCCCAGAGACUGAAAACAAGGCCUCAGAGCAGCCCCCAGUGCUUGGCAUUCUUCAGAAGUACCCCACGCCCAAUGGGCACUGUGCCAAUGGGGAGGCUGGGAGGAACAAAGACUCACUGAGCCGCCAGCUCUCUGCCACAAGCUGUAGCUCUGCCCACUUACACUCGAGGAACUUGCACCCCAAGUGGCUGCACAACCACUCGGGGAGACCAUCUGCAACUAGCAGCCCCGACCAGCCUUCUCGCAGCCACCUGGACGAUGAUGGCAUGCCAGUGUACACGGACACAAUCCAGCAGCGCCUGCGUCAGAUUGAGUCAGGCCACCAGCAGGAAGUGGAGACCUUGAAGAAACAAGUCCAGGAGCUGAAAAGUCGCCUGGAGAGCCAGUACCUGACCAGCUCCCUGCGCUUCAAUGGGGACUUUGGAGAUGAAGUGACCUCAAUACCCGACUCGGAAAGCAAUCUGGAUCAGAACUGUUUGUCUCGCUGCAGCACAGAGAUUUUCUCUGAAGCCAGCUGGGAGCAGGUGGAUAAACAGGACACAGAGAUGACCCGUUGGCUCCCUGACCACCUGGCUGCCCACUGCUACGCCUGUGACAGUGCCUUCUGGCUUGCCAGCAGGAAGCACCACUGCAGGGACAUUGACCGUGUUGAUCAAACGUGGAAUUGUGGGAACGUAUUCUGCUCCAGUUGUUGUAACCAGAAGGUUCCGGUUCCUAGCCAGCAGCUGUUUGAACCCAGUCGAGUGUGCAAGGCUUGCUAUAGCAGCCUACAUCCCACGAGCUCCAGCAUUGACCUUGAACUGGAUAAGCCCAUUGCUGCCACUUCAAACUGAAGCUCAGUGACCUGGGGUGGGCAGAGGCCAAGCUGCUGUUCCUCUGACAGGCCCAUGUAGCCUGGGAAGACUGAGAGGCCUGUGCACUUUGGAGUGGGGCAUGGAACCACCUGUACAGAGUGACAGAAAUUGGGAUGUGCCACUGGAUUUUAGAUUGAUUUUUCUUUUAACCCCUCUCCCUUUUCUAUCUUCCUUCUGCCUUCAAAAACAAACAGGUCCCCAGGUUGUCUUAAUUUUGUUUUUUUUAAUGAAAGACCAGGGGUUGCCAGGCCCCCUCUAACUGCUGAGCUGCCUUCUAUCAGGCACACUGAGGGAUGGCAUGGUGCUUCUUGGUGUAGAAGGUUGGUCAGCGAGGAAUAAAGGCCUGAGACAGUGAAUAGGAAAGAAAGCCAGUACUAAUAUAUGUGACCAUUCCUCAUGCCACCACAUCAGACUGGUUGGGAAACCUUUGCCGCUGGAGAGGCUGGAAGCAUCUUCCCAAGAACACUGCCCUAGGUGCCUCUCCCUCCUGAGAGAGGGCCCAUCCCACCUCACAGAUACGCAGGAUUGGCACUUGGAGGGAGGGGUACAUAAUGCAUGGAACCCCCAAACUCCUAUUGGGAAAGAAGGUGUGUGCUCUUUGAGGCAGGUGAGAGGAACUGGGGGUGGGUGGUCAGCAUGUUGUUCCCCAUGGGAUUCUGUUUUUAACUUGACCCAGAUUGUGUAAGGCUCCCUUCACUUUCAGGGAGCUGUUCCCUGGGUAGGCUGGGUACUGCUUUCUUGGGCAUAAAAGUGCUGGGGCCAAGGCUUCCCCUGAGCCCAGGCAUACCCCAGAGCCCCAUUCCAGGGCCUGAUCCCACAAACAAUCUCUCUUCCUCAGCCAGCGCAGGGAAGUCCAGACUCAGGGUUCCAAAAAUUCCCAUUCCCAAACCAAACAAAUCAUGGAUCUCCCAUUUAAGUGGUAGAAUCAGCCUUUAGAGUUGGAAAGGUCCCCACACAAUCAGCCUUCCUCCUCCUUCCCUUCUUUGGGCAGCACAAAGCACCCAGUGGUUCCCCUGCUCUACUCCUGACUACCUGAGUGAGCACAUGCCCACUAGCUGAUGGUUAAGAGGGAAGGGAUAGUUGGUGAUUUUGCAAGGUUCCUUAGAGAAGUGACUUGUCUUGAGGGGAGAUUCAGGGCACCUUUCCUCAGUGAGAUUUAAUGUGGUCCAAAAAGAGCCUUAAAUCAAGAAUAUUUGUGGUGGAAGUGAGUAUGGGGAAGAGUGGAGAGAAGUUUAGGUUUGUGCUCUGUAAGGUUGGCUCCAUGUUUUGUGCCUGCCCUCCUUCUUGGGGGAGGGGAAGGGCCACACUUGGCUCUGCUGAAAACUGGUAACAGGGCAGAUCAUGGUGAGGAAGUGAGUGUGAGGUCAGGUAACACUGAAGUUCCACCCUUCCCAGUCCUCCUCUUCCCCUUUGGAGGCAGUUCCCUGGCCAAGGGCAAGCUGUGUCUUAGGAAGGUGGCUCCUACGUGUCUUUCAGUAUGGUUACAUGUGGCCCAGACACCUUCCCUGGUACUGUCCAGCCAAAUCCCAGAGCAUCUUGAGCAUGAUCCCGACUCCCACAGCAGCAGAUUGCUUGGAGUCCGUGUUUAGUGAAACAGGGUGUAGUUCUUCUCCACUCUGCGUGGGCUUGUGCAGAUAGGGAGAAGUCAAUGUAGUUGAAGAUUGUGCAGUUCCUAGUGACAGGUGCCAAGAGGUUAUGAUACGGGUUUCUUGGGUCGGAUGUACAGUGUGAAUAAAUGCUUGCAGCUCUUAGCCCUUUUUUGAUCAAUGAAGCACUUUUUUAUUAAUAUUUUUCUUUGUAUGUAAAGGAGGAACCGUAACUCUCCAUAGCUGUACAUAUAACCUUUUUCUCCUAAAGAGGAGUCAGUGCUCCUAUAUUUUUCAUUUUUUGUCAAAGCAAGAAGUAAAUACUUUAGAAUUGUUAAAUAUAUAAAUAAAACGAAUAAAGCUGAGUGUUCUGCAUGGUGGCAUUUGCUAACACGUUCUAAUUCUUUGCCUAGUGAUUUACUCCUCUUCAUCCCUUUUCCUGCUCACAAAGAAGUGGUUUGAGGUGCUGUUGGGAAGCUGACCUUUGGCAAAGGAAAAAGUUAGACUGUUUUUGGAUUCUAGGCCCUGCCAAGGCACCUCACCAUGAUGCCUAAGCACUGAAAAACAUUUCCUUAAUGAUUUUGCCCCUAAGAUCUCCCAGGCUGAAAAAGGGCAAAGCAAUCAAGAAUUGUACAUCAGUAGUAAUUAAAACUACCUCUGACCUCUAAGCUUUUUACAUUUUUUUCCUGUUGCUCUGAUUUCAGGGCAUCCAGUUCUCUGGGCCCUAAAUUCCACCCUAUCCAGGGAGCAUUAACACCUGCCUGUUGCUGUGGGGAGCAGAAGGAGGCAUCAGGGGAGGAAGGUUAGGAAACUGCCUGUCAUUCUUAGAUGAGCAGAGAGAGGAAUUGGGAGCAGAAACAGAAACAGAUGGGAUUGGAUUUUGUGCCCAACUAGUGGUCCCCUUCCCUCCCUUUCUCCAUGCAGGGAGGAAACUCUGCUCUUCAGAUCUUUGACUUCUGCUUCCAUUUAAACAAGGCCAUGACAUCUGGUCACUUCUGAACUCGUUCUUGCUUUAAAAGGGGUGGAUUUUCUUUCCCGUCAUGGCUGUUGAGCAUCCUUUUCAUCUCUUGGUCUGUUGUGUACUUCUUCCCUCAGGAAAGCUGACAUUGAAUACCACUGACUCUGAGGUUGCUAGCCCACCAUCGACAGUGAGUUGGCUGGGCUCCGAAGUGUCCUGCUCAGCCCACUCCCCCGCCUCGGAGGGCCCUAACUCCUUGAGGCUUUUGUAGGGUCACUGUGUGAAUGUACCCUUUGACUAAAGAACGUAGCACUUACAGCAGAUCUGCUGGUUCCAAUCUCAGAGCUGUGGUACUAUCUGGCAGGUGUCUGAAAAUAAGCCUUUUGGAGGUGACAUCUUGGACCCUUCAGUGUGCCAAGUAAUCCAGUGUGUGUUCAGACCAAGUUGUGAAAAACCUGAGUGUAUGUCAUGACUAAAGUGUCUACACACAGCUACCAUUGACUUUUGAAGUCCAGUAGUGUAAUCCUCACCAAGUUAAAACAUUAGCAUGGUCUAGCAGGCUUGUUGGGGGGUCCAUAAAUGGAAAACUGCUGAAGGCAGGAGAAUGAACAGCUAGGAUAGCGGUGAGACCUGCACAGUAUAGCUCAAAGGCCAAGAACUGCCCUUUGGAAGGUAGUGCUGCAUGGAGAAAAGCAUUUGUUUGUGGGUACUGCCACCUGUGUUCAGCCAUCAUGUGGAGGAAUUAGGUCUGAAGCACUGAGGCACUAACAGUGACCUUGAGCUGCCAGGAGGUCCUUGUCAUCUCUGAACUUCCCUGUCUGGCACUGUGUCAUAACCUUGUUUUUAGAUACCUUGUUCUCUUUAACUCCAGUCACCCUCUCCCUCAAAACACAAAAUGAUAUGGCUGCCUUAAUCUAUUGGGAUUUCCCAGUAAGGAUGCACACAGCAUCUUUUCUUUAGUUUUCUGCUUAUAUGCUUACUGAUAAGUUCCAUGUUGCAGAGAAUAUUCUAAGAAUUAAAGUGGUACUGUGACAGAUCCAAAAGAGAAGGAACAAAAACAGUGCCGUAGAAUCUCUUAAUCGUAAAAUAUAUUCAAAUGAAAAUUGAGUGUAUAUCCUAGAAUAAGAUUACGAGCUACUGACCUUGAGAUAGCUGGUGUGCUUGUGUACUUACAUAUAAAGCUAGAAGGUCCUAUCCAUGUCAAAGUUAAUUCUAGAUCUUUUUAAGAACAAGUGCUGAUUUGAAAGUGCUGUUGAGGGAUGUCGUUUGUCUGGUGCCUGUUCAAGUGCCCUGUUCUAGGGUUUUGGGUUGCAGCUGUACUCUCCCCAAAGUUGCAUUGGCUGAUAAUAGGGCUAAUGGAGUUUAAAAUAUACCCUGGGCUCUGGAGGAAGAGUUGCAAAACAUGGCAGGAGUCCCAGCUGUUUAAUGUCUAGUCACAUACCCAAGACAGUUGUUCAAAGUUGAGGUUACUGACAAGAUCUCUCAAGGGCAGGACCAGAAUGUGUGAGAUGCCUCCUGUUACGAGUAGGGCAUAACCACUGUAAGCCUGUGACACUUAAACAUGAGUUCCAUUGCCCCAGCACCUAACUUGCUGAAGCCCUGCCUCUCUGGACUAGAUAGAGAUCAUCUAUUGUGCAUUCUGUGCAGAUACUGCCCUAACAGGCCUCCUCCACAGGACCAGGCAUGAGGGGUAUAGAGGCAUCCGCUGAACUGGGAAUUACAGUGUUUUUAGAUGCUGCUGUUGUAUUUUAUUUGCCAUUUAAUUUCUUUUAUAUCUGAGUUCUUAGCUUUUCUUAAAGUGGCCAUAGCAGUUGCACCUGAAUUGUACUUUCAGUGAAGUUUUACAUCAACAUUUUAAAUUGGCCUUUGAUUUCCAACUGGCUUUUUUUUUUUUUUCUUUUUCUUUUUUUAAAUGAGAAUAUAACCCAUGAAGCUUGGAUGUUGUUGAAAUGUACUGGUGUGUUGCUGCGGACAGUAGUGCUUGCCUAUUGUGACAGCAUUGAAUCUACUGUAGCAUCACUGGCCGUUUAAGUUGAAUAAAUAUGUCACUGUCA